ACCAAGGCCUCAGACGUGUGAGGGGGGCGUAUGAGUAUAUAAAUAAGAUUGCUGUUACACUCAGGUGGAUAGUUCGCUCGCUGCAUAAUGGACGAUUUAAAUAAAUUUGUGUUAGCUGUUUUGCUCGUUGUACCUGUGGCUCAUUGCGCAAUUCCAUCUUACAUCAAAGUAUGCCCGCGUAGCCACCAAAACCUAUCGGCCUGCAUUACGAACUCGAUCGAGGCCCUUAAACCGUACCUGGCCAAGGGCAUUCCAAAACUCGACGUCCCCGGCUUGGAACCUCUAGACCUAGAGACCAUAGUCAUCGACUCGCUCGGCAGCGGUACACGUUUGGCGACCAACAUCAGCAACUUGGAAGUGUACGGCGCCUCCGACUUUACAAUUCUCAAACUGACACCGACGAUGACCAAGAAGGGUUACAACUUCCGUUUCCAGGUAAACGUCCCAAGGCUACGAGUUUCGGGGAUGUACGAGCUCGAUUCCAGGAUCUUAUUUUUGGACCUGAAGGGACAGGGACCAUUCCAUGCUAACAUCAGUGACUACCACUUCGAGUGCAUCAUGAAGGGCCACCAAGUGAGGAGAGAAGAGAGGAACUAUUUGGAAUUUGAGGACAUGAAGUGUACUUUGGUUGUCGGCGGCGUAUCCGUCCGGCUGGAGAAUCUCUUCGAAUCAAACCCCACCUUGGCGAAGGCGACGAAUGACGUCAUCAACGACAAUGUCCAGGUGCUCUUCGAUGAAAUCAAACCGGGCCUUUUGAAAGCCUUGACGAGGAGGUUUACGGAAAUUGCAAAUAAGAUAACGCUAGCGUUUACGUAUGAAGAAUUGUUUCCGUAGUAUAAUAAAUAAACAAAUAAAUUGCAA